GUCUGGACGCUAGCGGAAGACUUGGACAAGAAGGUCAACGCUGCGCUUGGGAGUAUCGACGGUAAAGGCCGAUCCGAAACCGCGGGGUCGCUACGGAAGCGCUGGAGAAAGCUGCGCGUUGACCACCGCUCUGCGUACGACGCGCUCUGCUCAGCAUUUAUCACCCGCAAAGCGAACGGUGGCAUCGUCGACCGCUGCACUCCAGCUAGUCACCAAUGGAAGCAAAAAGACUUGGAGUCGUAG